AUGAAAAUUAAAGCCUUGAUUUUUGGAGCCUCUUUAGCAUUCUUAAUAAAAGUGAUGAUUGGAUUCUUUGAUUUCUUCAAGAGUGUCCCAGUUGUGAAUACUUAUUCAAAUUGUGAAUAUUUGGAUACAAAUAUUAUUGGUCCAGAGGAUAUGCAAAAAUACAAUUAGACAACAAUCAUUGUAGGAUCUGGAGACUUCCAUAAGUUAUGGUCACAUGGAAAACCAAUUUUAGAAUAGCUUGGACUAUAUGCAAUUGUUAAUUCUUAAGAUGAGAAACCAAAAGUAGUGAAAUUAGGAAUUUAGAAUUUUCCAACUAACAUUUCACUAUAUGUGCAUGGAUUAGAUAUUAGAAAACAAUAAGAUGGAGAAUACAUCUAUGCACUUAAUCAUGCAUAUUGGAAUGGUGGAGAAAGAAUAGAAGUCUUUAAAAUCUUAGAUGAGCAUCUUAAUUUAGAAUAUCAACAUUCUAUCAUUAUGGAUGAUAAAUACAAUGGAAUUUUGAAUGAUCUAAUAGUUAUUGAAGAUAAUAGAUAUUUAAUUACUAAGUAUUUACCAUACGCAGAUCCUAAAUAAGGAAGAUCUGAAAUGGCUCCAUCUCAUUUUAUUAAGACUUUAUUUAUAUGGAUAAGUUAAUAACGAACUUCUUUUAUUAUUGAUUGUAAAUUUGAAAAGAAUUCCACUAUUAUUCAACCAACAUGCAUAGAAUUACUUGAUCCUUCACUAUCAGGAGUAGUUUUAAAUGGGAUCACUUGGAAUUAAAAGAAUUUGGUUUGGGCUGCUGACAGUAUUGCCAAAUAAUUGAAUGAAUAUGAAUUAACAAAAUAAGGUUUAAUAUUCAAGAGAUAUAUUGAUAUUGAAAACUCAAUAGAUAAUUUAGAAUACGAUUCUGAAAGGAACUCUUUGAUUCUUGGACUCAUACCAAAAAUGAGUAAUUAUUUUUCUUUAGAUGGAUUUUUGAAAGGAGUAGAUCGAUUGGAAAGAUAAACUAAAUUUGAAUAUUAUGGAACAGUUGGAGAAUAUGACUUAACAUAAAAUAAAUUAAUAUAUCUAGCAUAAAAUACUGAAUUAUCGAAAGGAUUAUCAGGAGCCUUAAUUAGUGGUAAUAAUUUAUUUGUUGGAAGUUGGUGUGAUGUUACAGUAGUCAUUUGCAAGAAAUAGUGA